GUAUUAAUUUACUUCCGGGAUUGGAUAUUGAAAAUAGAAAAUAGGCGAUAUGACUUCUGGAGUGAAAAUGGGACAGAUAGAAUGGGCAAUGUGGGCAAAUGAACAAGCCAUCGUUAGCUCUUCUAUUAUAAUAUUAGGAGGAAUACUUGGAGUUGCUGGAUUUUUUAAAGGAUGGGAAAUUGGAAUUUAUGCCAUUAUAGCUGGUGUACUGGUAUUUAUAUUUGAAUAUCCAAGAGGUAAAAGGUUGAAUGGCAGAACACAAGAGAGAAUGUUUCAGAAAUACUUUACGAAACUUUUGAGCUGCUGUGGGCCUGUGUCCAGGAAUUAUUUUGUAAGAUUUGUCAUGCAUUUAAUACUGUGUAUACCAAUGUGUUUUAUACUAGCUACAAUAAUGGGAGGAAUCUCUUUAUUUACGACUGCAAUGAUUUAUUUAGUGGCAGCUUUUAAAGGAGAAGAAUGGAAACCAGUAGGUUUAGAAGAAAAGACAGAAAGUACAGCUAAAAAAGAUGCUAAAUCAUUCCGACAACCAAAGAUGCCCCCUCCCAGAGCUCCUCCUUCAGCCAACCAAAUCUAAUCUCAAGGAUUAAAAGGAUUAAAGCUGAGGGUAUUUUCUGACUAAGUGUCUUCACAAAGAAAUAGAUAUUUGCAAUGUAUGGUAUAAUUUAAACAAAAGAAAAAAGUGUAAACCUGAGAUAUUACCAGUACUAUAUAUAUACUGCAUUUUCUCAUUAUAUAUUUUUACAAUCACUUCAUAAAAUUUUACCCAUAUA